AUGAGCGAACCGAAUAAUUUGACCAACGAUUAUGUCAGACCAUUUACUAAUGUCUGUCAAUCAUUUUACCUGGAUGACUUUGAUUUUGAUGACGUCCCUCCAAUUUACCAAUCUUCUGAUAAUGUCGAUACGACGUCUAUGAAUAUUAUGAACUACGAAAAUGUCAGCAAUUAUACAGGCAAUUAUUAUUAUGCACCAAAUCAAGGUAAUCCCCCGGUUUCUUAUUCCCGUCCGGGUAGCGUUAACACGAUGAAUGGGCAGCUGAGUACACCCUGUGACCAAGUCGAAACCCACACAAACAAUCCUUAUCCGCUCCCGGGAUCUUUUCAGACACUCUUCGGCCACAGUCCUUAUCUGCUCCCAGUAUCUUUUCAGACACUCUGUGGCCCCUCCGUCCCCCAUUCUGACACGACGAACAACAGUCUGAUUGAUAAUCAUUCUCAACAUCUCGGUACCAAUACCAACAAUACAUGUAUUUCAUAUAUUUUUAAACAAAUGCCCACAAGCAACGAAUACAUUGUUAUGAGAGAAGAGCGUACUCAAUCAAUUGUAGGCAGGAUAUCGGCGGCUGCUAGCAUUGGCGAAAUGUUAGCUUUAACUCAAAGUGAAAAAGAAAAUUAA